GCCCCCCAAGAAUUUCUCUCUCUCAUACUCUCUCGCUCUCUCUCUCUCUCUCCACACGCGCGCGCGCACACACACAAAACCUCCCUGUAUCCGUCAAUCUUCCGGAAACCCACUUGCAGACCAUAAAAGGUCAGCUUAAAGCUUGAUUCACUCUACUUAGUAUCUGUAACUGUAGACUUUUUGGCUAUUCUUCCACUAAUUCAUCUGUGAAAUUCUCUCUUAUGUUAUAUCUGUGAAAGAAUGAAAUAAUAGUAUUCUAUAAGACUUUGGAAUCCAUAAACUGUGACCACGAGGUGAAGUUCGGAUUUUCUUUGUAGUUUCUUUGAUUUCAUUUCUUGGGUUUCUCUUAUUGACUAAAUCCAGUCUUCCAGUAUUAGUGUUUAUGGAUUUCAUGCACUAUUCGUAGUAUUGGGUGUCUUGAGUCAUGGAAAUAAAGCAUUCGAAUUACAUGGAGUGACUGAAAAGACAACAGUGUUUAAUAUUUUUACUAGGGUUUGGAAAUUUAGUGUUGAUAAAUGAAUAAUUUAGGUCUGGGAGGUGGGUUUUUAGACCUUGAAUCGCCGAUUCAUGGGCAUCAACAGACCCAGUUGGGACAUCCAUCUGUUUCCCUUCACCAUCACGUGCAGUCAUCGACGAAGAUGAUGAGUGGUCUGGAAAAUGAUCACCCCAACAGCCUUAUGGAAGCCAAAGCCUCAAUUCCAAAGGGAUUUUCGGUGAAUGUUGGUAAAGGAAAGGCAAAUGCACUUGUCAAUAUUGUGAAUAGUAGUACUUGUAAUUACACCAGUGAGGACGAUGAACCUAGUUUUACGGAUGAUGGAAAUGAUGAUAAUUUCAAUGGUGCAAAGGGAAAAAAGGGAUCUCCAUGGCAGCGAAUGAAAUGGACUGACAAUAUAGUUAGGAUUCUUAUGCAAGUGGUCGCUUGUGUCGGGGAUGAUGGUACUUUGGAUGGUGCAGAGGGGUUGCCGCUGAAAAGAAAAUCGGGUAUGUUACAAAAGAAGGGUAAAUGGAAAACAGUCUCGAAGAUAAUGAUUGGUAAAGGGUGUUGUGUUUCACCACAACAGUGUGAGGAUAAGUUCAAUGAUUUGAACAAAAGAUACAAGAAGUUGAAUGAUAUCCUUGGUAGGGGUAUUUCUUGUAGAGUGGUGGAGAAUCCAGGUCUCAUGGACUCCAUGCCCCAACUCUCGUCUAAGAUGAAGGAGGAUGUGAAAAAAAUAUUGAGCUCAAAACAUUUGUUUUACAAGGAAAUGUGUGCUUAUCAUAAUGGACAAAGGAUACCCAAUUGCAGUGAUCUUGAACUCAAAGUUCAUUCCUUGCCUCUUGCACAUUGCUCAAAGGAUAAUGAUGGUUCUGAGGAGGAAGAAGCUGAAGAAAAUAGUGAAAGUGAGGACGAUGAAUCAAAACACGAAGAUUAUAAUGAUAUUGGUAGAGAUGUGGAUAGAAUUGAGGAUUAUAGUGAGACAAGGAAGGCAAAUGAAGAGGAUGUCGAUUUCUGGUCCCAAUCUCGUGGGCUGGAUGGUUUUCAGGCUGAGAUGGAUGAUUUUUAUCAAGACCCUACAAAAUCACACUGGGAAUGUAGAGAAUGGAUUAAGAAGCAGAUGUUGCAACUGCAAGAGGAGAGAGUAGGCAUCCAAGCUGAAGCUUUUGAGUUGGAGAAAAGGCGUUUUAAGUGGCACCAAUUUUGCAGUAAGAAAGAAAGUGAUCUGGAGAUGGCGAGGUUGGAGAAUGAGAGGUUGAUAUUAGAGAACGAGCAAAUGAUGUUGCAACUGAAGAAGAAGAAAUUGGAGAUAGAAUAAAAGAUCUUGGAGUCAAAUUUUGGCCCAUCUUAUCUCAGCAUUGGCAAACCAUAAGGAAGAGAGGAGAUUGAUUUGGAGGGCAUCAGUAGCUCAUGAGCAAAAGGGGUCUGCAAUUUACUUCUGGUAUCAAGUACAACAUCGUGCCAAUUUACUCUUAUCUUAAAAUUUCUAAGAGUCUUUCAGUGUAAGAGGUACAUUAACAUUGUAAUCACUUUUUUUUGUUUUAGAUUUUCUGUAGAAUCUCUUAAAUGUGUCCUGUGUUGCUGCUGAACUUUUUAUUGUAAAGUUGAGUAAGUAGCAUCUUUUUUGAAAUAAAACUUUUCAUUAUUUUCCCUGAAUGUUAUCAUUCUCCCGACCAUGCUAGCUGAUGUUUUGGAAACCACUAGUGACCCCUUUGAGUAGUUUUGAAUUAUUGAUGACCUUCUUCAGGCAGUUGUUUGCAUCAUUGAAAUAUUGGUCACUUAGUUGUUUCGAAAAUUUUGUCCCUUCAUGAUCUAUUUGAAUGUUGAGAGGUAGAAUAAUCUGGACAUUUUUGAGGUGAUGAAUAAUGCUUACUGCUAAAUGCAAUCGUCUGAGAGUACUUCGGUUGUUUACAGACAGGGAUGGCUAAUUGAAAUUAUGAGGAGAUUUGAGAAGUCUAGCAUAUUUGCCUCUUUCUUGGAAGCCUUGAACUCUGUUUCUUUAUAACAUCAUGAUUAUGCAGAGGGCAGCUUUACUUCUACCCCUGAUUUUCUGUAGUUGCCACAUUUAUAUGUUUUUUCAAAGC